UCUUCGUGUUUCUUUCAAACGUUUCUAAUUGCUAUAGCGAGUCACUUUUAAACGAUAAUCCUUCUCCUAGCGAUCUAAUUUAAUCGAAAUAAAUUUAUUUAAUCUAUCCGAUUGUUCGAUAAACAAAGACUCGCCUCGAAAAAUUGUUCGGUGGUCUCUUUGUGAUUUUUGAAAAUCUGAACACGGAGGAAAACUGGUACAUAAUCGUGUAAAGCAUGGCGCAUGCAUCCAAUUCUGUAGAAACUGUUCUUGGAAAGAAAAGUGCGAACCAGCUUGGAAGGACCCUUACGCACGAACAUCUAUCGUUGAACUUUGCCACGUUUUACGUACAGCCGCCAGGUCAUUUGAAACGGUUUCUCGAUGGCAAAAUCGAGCUUCGAAACGUCGGAAUGCUGAAACAAUAUCCUUACAGUAACCCGUAUAAUUUAAUAUAUAACGAUCAAUGCACAGAGGACGCUAUUCUGGAGGAUGUAAAAUUGUACAAAGAAUUUGGCGGCGGUACUAUCGUUGAGAAUAGUAAUUACGGCUUGCAACGCAACAUUCCAUUCAUGAGGAAAGUGAGCCAAGUGACUGGAAUUAACGUCAUCGCCGGAACUGGUUAUUACGUUAGCGCAACUCAAACUAAGGAGGAUCUGCUGAAAGAAGACAUGUACGAUGUAAUGCUGAAAGAGAUGACUAUCGGUUGCGAGGAGUACCCUGAUGUAAAAACAGGAUUCAUAGGAGAAGUUGGAAGCACUUGGCCAAUUACGCCUUUCGAGAAACGGGCUAUCCAAGCAACCGGCGAGGUCCAGCAACAAUUGAAGUGCCCUGUCAGCUUUCAUCCUGGAAGAAAUGCUGCGGCACCCUCGGAGAUAAUGAGAAUUUACCAAGAAGCUGGCGGCGAUGCGAGAAAGGCGAUUCUCUCUCAUCUCGAUCGAACUAUACCGAGCCCGGAGGAUCUUCUGGAGUUCGCCGAUGACGCGAAAUGUUAUUGCCAGUUCGAUCUUUUCGGAUGCGAAUGUUCCUUUUAUCAGCUAUGUCCAUCGGUGGAUAUGAUUUCUGACGCGCAACGGAUCGAUCGUGUGAAAUAUUUUCGAGAUGACCAGAAGCUGGAUCGUGUACUCUUGAGCCACGACAUUCACACGAAACACAGAUUGAUGAAAUUUGGUGGACACGGAUUUUCUCAUAUUUUGAACAACGUCGUGCCAAAAAUGACGCUGAAGGGUUUCACUACCGAAGAAAUCGACACGCUGACUAUUCACAAUCCAAGAACUUGGUUGACGUCUUGAAGCCUUCCAGCGAGAGGUAUCACGAAAUCGGAAUUAAAGCGAAAGAAUAUUUGUAUAUUUCUAAAAAAUUAUAUUUCAAAUAAACUUCAUUUUGUACACACA